AUGGAGAGCGCCUGGGACUACGCGGGUGCCCUCAUCAGCCCUAGCGAUGAAGUCUUGGCCUCCACUCUCCUGAAUGGCACUGCACACCCGUUUGUCCAAGGCGCUGGUAACAGCAGCUGGCACGUGUUGGGACAGUGCAGCGACAGGAGCUGGUCCCUCGGGAGCCGUGGGGAUGGAACCCUGGAGGCCCUUGUUAUCACCACUAGACUGGUUACUUUGGUGCUGGAGGAGGAUGGCACCGUGGUGGACACAGAAGAGUUCUUUCAGACCUUAGGCGACAACACACAUUUCAUGGUCUUAGAAAAAGGACAGAAGUGGACACCGGGUAGUAAUUAUGUUCCAGUUCACCAGCAACCAAAGAAAUCAGGAAUAGCCAAAGUCACCUUUGACUUGUACAAGCUAAAUCCCAAGGAUGUCAUCGGCUGCCUCAACGUGAAGGCCACCAUAUACGAGAUAUACUCGGUCUCCUACGACAUCCAGUGCACCGGGCUCAAGUCCACACUGAGAUGCCUGCUGCGGCUCAUGUCCCAUGUUGCCCAAGUGACCGGACAGUUUCUCAUCUGCAUAGGCACCUACAUGCUCCGUGUGCUGGGUGACACAGAAGAACAGGCCGCUCCUAAGUCCCGCCCCAAGCGGGGGUUCAUGUGGGACUAGGGGUGCAGGCUGCAGGGGCUCCGCUGGCUCUCGAUGUGAUGCCAACGGUCCCUUUCAGAUGACAAAUUUGAAAGAAGUUCAUGUUUUUAACCACAUGCUCUUGUAGGCUGAUGGUCACUUUUACUCAGGAGUGGCACCCGGGUCAAAGGGGCUUGUUGGCAAUGCCAGGGGGUCUGUGCACACCAGGCUGAAGAGGAGAAGAUGGGGUGGAGGGUUCAUGGGCCGGAGGAAAGAAACAAUGAAGAGGACUGUGGCUUGGCAACAGCACUCACUUGCAUUAAGACUUUUUAGUGCCUUGCUUCCUGCAAUAAAUCACAAGAGUUACUAUUAACA